GGAAAAAAUGCACAGGGGAACCACAAACCCCAGAAGCACUCGCGCCCACCCAUCUCCCUCCCACUCGGAGUCCGAGUGCUGUUUUUGUUGUUGGUGAAAGGUGAGGGAACAGCUGAUCCGUCUGUGGGGAGGGCAGAUAGCUCGAGACCAGAAUGGAAGAGUCAUCACUAAGCCGGGCACCAUCCCGGGGUGGAGUCAACUUUCUGAAUGUAGCCCGGACCUACAUUCCCAACACCAAGGUGGAAUGUCACUACACACUCCCGCCAGGCACCAUUCCCAGUGCCAGCGACUGGAUUGGCAUCUUCAAGGUGGAGGCUGCCUCUGUCCGGGAUUACCACACAUUUGUGUGGUCUUUGGUGCCUGAAAGUGUUACUGAUGGUUCUCCCAUCCAUGCCAGCGUCCAGUUCCAAGCCAGCUACCUGCCCAAACCCGGAGCCCAGCUCUACCAGUUUCGCUAUGUGAACCGCCAGGGCCGGGUGUGUGGGCAGAGCCCCCCUUUCCAGUUCCGAGAGCCACGGCCCAUGGAUGAACUGGUGACCCUGGAGGAGACCGAUGGUGGCUCUGACAUCCUGCUGGUUGUCCCCAAGGCAACUGUGCUGCAGAACCAGCUGGAUGAGAGCCAGCAAGAGAGGAAUGACCUGAUGCAGCUGAAGCUACAGCUGGAGGGGCAGGUGACAGAGCUGAAGAGCCAAGUGCAGGAGCUUGAGAAGGCUCUGGCCGCAGCCAGGCAGGAGCAUGCGGAGCUGGCAGAACAGUAUAAGGGGCUUUCCCGGUCCCACGGGGAGCUCACAGAAGAGAGGGACAUCCUGAGCCGACAACAGGGAGACCAUGUGGCCCGCAUCCUGGAGCUGGAAGAUGACAUCCAGACCAUCAGUGAGAAAGUGCUGAUGAAGGAGGUAGAGCUGGACAGGGUUAGAGACACGGUGAAGGCCCUGACUCGGGAACAAGAGAAGCUGCUUGGGCAGCUGAAGGAAGUGCAGACAGACAAGGAGGAAAGCGAGGCUGAGCUCCAGAUGGCACAGCAGGAGAACCGCCGCUUGAAUUUGGAGCUGCAGGAGGCCAAGGGCCGGCAGGAGGAGCAGAGUGCUCAGGCCCAGCGACUGAAGGACAAGGUGGCCCAGAUGAAGGACACCCUUGGCCAGGCCCAGCAGCGGGUGGCUGAGCUGGAGCCCCUGAAGGAGCAGCUUCGAGGGGCCCAGGAGCUUGCAGCCUCGAGCCAGCAGAAAGCUGCCCUUCUUGGGGAGGAGUUGGCCAGCGCAGCGGGAGCCCGGGACCGCACCAUAGCCGAGCUGCACCGCAGCCGUCUGGAGGUGGCCGGAGUCAACGGCAGGCUGGCCGAGCUCAGUCUGCACUUGAAGGAAGAAAAAAGCCAGUGGAGCAAGGAGCGGGCAGGGCUGCUGCAGAGUGUGGAGGCGGAGAAGGACAAGAUCCUGAAGCUGAGUGCAGAGAUACUUCGACUGGAAAAGGCAGUGCAGGAGGAGAAGACUCAGAGCCAAGUUUUCAAGACUGAACUGGCCCGGGAAAAGGACUCUAGCCUGGUGCAGCUGUCAGAGAGCAAGCGGGAGCUGACAGAGCUGCGCUCAGCGCUGCGUGUGCUCCAGAAAGAAAAGGAGCAGCUACAGGAGGAGAAGCAGGAACUGCUGGAGUACAUGAGAAAGCUGGAGGCCCGCCUGGAGAAGGUAGCCGAUGAGAAGUGGAGUGAGGACCCUGCCACAGAAGACGAGGAGGCCGCCGUGGGGCUGAGCUGCCCAGCGGCUCUGACAGACUCAGAGGAGGACGAGUCUCCAGAAGACAUGAGGCUCCCACCCUAUGGGCUGUGUGAGAGUGGAGACGCGGGCUCCUCCCCUGGCCCGGGGCCACGAGAGGCUUCUCCCCUGGUGGUCAUCAGCCAGCCAGCCCCCAUCGCUCCCCAACUCUCAGGGCCAGCUGAGGACAGUAGCUCAGACUCGGAGGCUGAAGAUGAGAAGUCAGUCCUGAUGGCAGCUGUGCAGAGUGGGGGUGAGGAGGCCAACCUGCUACUUCCAGAACUGGGCAGUGCCUUCUAUGACAUGGCCAGUGGCUUUGCUGUGGGUCCCUUGACAGAGGCCAGCACUGGGGGCCCUGCCACCCCGCCAUGGAAGGAGUGUCCUAUUUGUAAGGAGCGCUUCCCAGCCGAGAGUGACAAGGAUGCCCUGGAGGACCACAUGGAUGGACACUUCUUUUUCAGCACCCAGGACCCUUUCACCUUUGAGUGACCCCACCCCGCACUCCCAGUCCACACACAGACACACACUUACACACAUGCACACACUCACGCAUAGACAUACACUUCGGUUUCAUGCCUCUUUUCCAACGCCCUCGGCUCCAUGAUAUUCUGUUGCCUGACAACCGCUCCCAUGUGGUUUCAUCCCAGGCUCCCCAACAUCAUCCUCUCCCAGCUGGCUCUUCUGUCCAGGCAGGAGUUCCUUCUUGGAAGUAGUGGCUGACUUUACUCCCUGAAAACGGUUUUGGAGGAACCAGGAUGGAGGAGGCCUUCUCUAGGGGGAAUGGAAUCACCCCCUCCUGGCCCCGGUUGCUUCUGUUAGUCACACCAACCACUGCACCACCACCACCACCACACACACUCACACACUCACACUCUCUGAUGCCCCAAAGCCAAUUCCUGGGGCACACCCCCACCCCUUUUGUUCGGGGUCUGUGUUUGUUUACCUGAGUUUUCUCUGGGGCCUGCAUUGACAUCAUGACUUCUUUAGGUCUCUUCCGGUUCUGAGCUUCUCUCGUUCCUCCUCCUGUUCCCCUGCUGCCUUCCGUACCCCAGCCCAGCCUUUUCCAUACCAUUAGAUAUUAAGUUUGGAGGUUUCUUUUUUAUUUUUGAGGUUUUCUGUACUUUAUCUCCUGUCCCUCUCCACCACCAUCCCCCAGGGUCCUCACAUGGAAAGAAAUAAUGUACUUGUGCCUUCUCUGAGGGAUGGGGGAACAAAUGGUCCCAGGUGUCCCCACUUGCCAGCCCUCUCUCGCUCACCAGGUCCCCCCUCAGCAAUAAGAGCUCCCCCCCAUUGCCCUCCCCCUGCCAGUAGUUGAACAAAUAUAUUUAUAUGAUAUGUAUAACUAUUCUAAUAAAAUGUGUUCUUAUCAUGA